CAGGUAGACCAGCCUACAACACGGUGGGGGAUUAUUGAUCUCAGGCUCGCACUGGUGGAACAACGUUUGUGAAGACUGCCUUUCUCAUUUUCAAUCUACAUUUUCUUUGCGCUCAGAACAAGCUGCUCGGGGCAAUAUUUGAUUUUCUUCUCUUGUGGAUGCUGGACAUUGAAACACGUCGCUGUGUGGCUUCUGCUUAGUCACUGAAGAGCCCUGUUCACUUGUGUUUUUGGACUUAACUAUUGUAAAUGGAGAGGAUCUACUAAGUUGGACAAAUGUAAAGAGCAACUUUCCACCUGGCGUUUGCCUGAGAGUGUCAGAGUUUUGUAUUUUUGUCAUGUAGAAAAUGUGUAGCAGACACAGAAUUCUUAGUGGAACGAGGAAAAUCCCGGGGCUCAAGAUGCACUGCUCGCACAGUUUACUUUACCUGGGAGUGCUGAUAAUGGCGGUGACCGCCAACAAGAUGCUAGAUGACUGCUUGUCAUCCAAACACAAAUACAUUAUUAAUGUUGUACUGCUGGAGGACAACACGUAUGACUGGAGUCGGCCACUUGUGCAGGAAGCUGUGGAGGAUGCUAUUCACAAGGACACGCUGGAGAACAUUCGCCAUGAUUUACACUUCAAUCUGACAGCAAACUUCUAUGGGUUCAACACCACCGCGUACAACCGGCAGGGAUGUGGGAGCACCGUAUGUGAGGGGGUGGCGAUACUCAAGAGGCUGUAUGAUAAUGAUGAAAUUGGAUGCGUCAUGCUGGGACCUUCCUGCACGUAUGCCACAUUUCAGUUAGUGGAUGAAGAAAUUGGCCUGAGUCUGAGCAUCCCCAUCAUCUCUGCAGGGAGCUUUGGUCUCUCGUGUGACUAUAAACCCAAACUGACUCGAAUUCUGCCUCCAGCGCGAAAGAUCUCAGACUUUUUCAUUAAAUUUAUGGAGCAACCAUUGGCAUUCAAGACAAAAUGGACGAAUGUCUAUAUCUACAAGAAGUCCAUCAAUGCGACUGAGGACUGCUUCUGGUACAUUAAUGCAUUGGAAGCGCCCUCGAAUAACUUUGCCAGACAGACAAACAGAGAGAUGCUGCGCAGUGAGAGCGAGCUGAAGGACGCGCUCACCUCUACGAAAAGGCACAGCAACAUUUUCAUUUUCUGUGGGAGCCAUGAUGAGAUUGUUUCCAUAAAGGAGAAAGUGGGGCCAAUACAUCAGGACAUCAUGUUCAUUCUCCUUGAUAUUUACAAUCCUGAUUAUUAUGUCAACUCAACGUCUGCUGAGAUGAUGCAGGACGUCCUGGUGGUCACUCUGCCACCGAGGAACUACACCAUGGGAUCAAACUCGACAUACAACAACACAAUCAAUGACUAUGUGGCUGGGUAUCAUGAUGGCACUCUGCUGUUUGGCAAAGUGCUCAGAGAGAGAAUGCUCAGCCAGCAACACAGCAGGGGAUCUGAUGAUGUGCCUCUGAGCGACAACCCGCUAGGAAACAUCUCCUUUAACGGUAUGGCAGGAAAUUAUGUGCUUGAUGAGUACGGUGACAGAGAUGCUAACUUUUCUAUUAUCUACACAUCCCACGUCACUAAAAAGUAUACAACACUGCUGAUGUUUGAUACCUCGCGGAAUGAAUCCAAUGUGGUUGACAAAAACCCAUUCCUGCCUUGGAAAAACGGUGUGCUGCCCCAUGACGUGCCAGAAAAUCCACAAAGUUUGAGUUUGCAGGACGUGAUUGUAAUCGUUCUGAGUAUCAGUGUCGUCGUGGUGACAGCCAUUGCGCUCAUCUUCUACAGGCAGAACAGGAAAGAGCGUCUUAUGCAGAAGAAGUGGUCUCACAUUGACCCUCACCUGAUCGGUCCACUGGAUCAGAAGGAGGUGUCACUGAAGAUUGAUGAAGAUAAAAGGAAGGACAGCACUUUUUUCUCUCAUCGAGGAUGCUAUGACAAAAAGCCAGUGAUCCUAAAAGAGCUGAAACACACAGAUGGGGACUUCUCUGAGGACCAGAGGAUUGAACUUAACACUCUGCUGCGGAUCGACUAUUACAACCUGACCAAGUUCUAUGGCACGGUGAAGUUUGAGUACGGUCUGUUUGGGGUGUUUGAGCUGUGUCAGCGCGGCUCCCUCAGAUACAUUCUGAAAGACAGGAUCUCGUACCCAGACGAAACAUUUAUGGAUAUGGAAUUUAAGAUAUCAGUCAUGUACGACAUAGCGAAGGGCAUGUCAUAUCUCCACUCCAGUAAUAUUGCGGUGCAUGGACGCCUCAAAUCCACCAACUGUGUAGUUGACAACCGCAUGGUGGUCAAGAUCACUGACUUUGGCUGCCACACAAUCUUGAGCCCAGGAAGAGAUUUGUGGACAGCCCCAGAGCAUCUUCGUAAAGGUGGAGUGUCUCAAAAAGGCGACGUCUACAGCUACGCCAUUAUUGGCCACGAGAUCAUGAUGAGGCGAGAUCCAUUUUAUACACAGCACUGCUCAAAUACAACAGAGAAGCUCUACAGAGUGCAGUAUCCCUGUGACAUGACAGUGUUUAGGCCUGACCUCAACUUUGAAGGCGCAUCAGAGCAGGAGAUUGAGUUGUAUGUGCUAAUAAAAAACUGCUGGGAAGAAGACCCAGAACGGAGGCCAGAUUUUAAAAGAAUAGAAGUGGCGCUGGGUAAGAUUUUCAGUAACCUACACAACCAAGCCACCGAGACGUACAUGGACAAUCUCAUCCGUCGUCUGCAGAACUACUCGAGGACUCUGGAGCAUCUGGUGGAGGAGAGAACCUCCUUAUACAAAGCAGAGAGGGACAGAGCUGAUCACCUAAACUUCAUGCUGCUUCCCCGUCCAGUGGUGCGUUCACUGAAGGAGACGGGCAGAGUGGAGCCAGAGCUGUUUGAGGAGGUGACUGUCUAUUUCAGUGAUAUUGUGGGAUUCACCACCCUUUGCCACUACAGUACGCCCAUGGAGGUGGUUGACAUGCUCAACGACAUCUACAAGAACUUUGACAGCAUCUUGGACCACCAUGAUGUCUAUAAGGUUGAGACUAUAGGAGAUGCAUAUAUGGUUGCGUCAGGUUUGCCCAAACGCAAUGGCAACAGGCAUGCAGUGGACAUCGCACACAUGGCUCUGGACAUCCUGGCAUUUGUGGGGACCUUUGAGUUGCAGCACCUGCCUGGCAUCCCUCUGUGGAUCCGUAUUGGUGUACAUUCAGGACCGUGUGCGGCAGGAGUAGUGGGGAACAAGAUGCCUCGCUACUGUCUUUUUGGUGAUACAGUCAACACGGCCUCACGCAUGGAGUCCACAGGCCUGCCUCUGAGAAUUCAUGUCAGCCAGUCCACCAUCAGAAUCCUACAGAGGACUGACUGCAAGUUUGAAUAUGAAAAGCGAGGCGAGACAUACCUGAAGGGUAAAGGUAAAGAGAUGACAUACUGGUUAACGGGGGUGACGGGAGGAAAAUACAACCUGCCUACACCACCAACAGCGGAGAACUUCCAGCGGCUCCAGCAGGACCUGGCAGACAUGAUUGUGUCCAGUCUGGAGAAGCGUGGAGCUGGAAGAGAGAGCUUUGAAAAGAGGAAGACACUAUCUACCAAAGUCCGUCACAGGGAGAGAGGCAGCAGCGUGCAGAGUGACGGUCAGCCGGAAUACUUCCACCUGGCAGUCACAGACAACCCCAGUACCUACCUGUGAUCACAGAUGAACUUUCACUUCACUUUGGGAAGAUCUUUUCAUCCAGGGGUUGAAGUGACUGACAUACAACUGUGGUACAUGCAGGCAUGCUAAAGGUGGAACUUAUGUUAUUAUAAACAUGCCUGUGUAAGGAUUCAUUUACCUUUAAUUCCCCUGACAUCCCCCACAACUCACCCUCCUCCUGUAGGAACAGUCCUCAAACUUCAAGCUAAAAUCAGGUGUUAUUUUUAUUUGUUGAGGCAGUGGUUGAAAAGAAGCUUCCUCGUUUAUUGUGUGGCACUGACACUUUUUACAUCAUACUUUAUAUCAAUGCAUUUGAUCUUUUAUUCAUUUGAAUGAGUAAAGAAUAUGACUAAACAGGUAAACUGUGGGGACCAGACCAGGGGUUAGGAUUAUUGUCUGUGUUUGUUUUCAAUAUUACCACUUGGGGGCACCAAUUCCCAAAACAUUUUCGGCAGGACUUUUCCUUUAAGAGCCACUAACAAACCACAGCUUCCACAUAUCAAAGAAAGAUAUUAAAUGUUCUCUUUUUGACUUUCCUGGGAAAAGUUCUCUGUUCAUAUUUAGAUGUCACCAGUUGUGAGCUCGCUGAUUGAGAAGGUUUGUCAAGAUUAUUUACCGUGUAAAUAGCCUUUUCUGCUGCAAGGACAGUGAAACUAUAUCCUCAUAUUACUUGUCAAGAAUGUUAUUGUUUAACGUCACAACCAUGCUACCUAGUUUUCAGAACAUCACAAAUGUUUCUGUGAUUAUUGUUGUUAUGUGUUUUAUUAAAUGACGUUUGAAAUAUGA